AUGCAAGCGCCCGUGGUGUACUUGAACGCCAACACCGAGCGCCAGUCGGGGCGCCAGGCCCAGGUCGCCAACAUCACCGCCGCCAAGGCCGUCGCCGACAUCAUCCGCACCUGCUUGGGCCCCAAAGCCAUGCUCAAAAUGUUGCUCGACCCCAUGGGGGGCAUUGUCCUCACCAACGACGGCCACGCCAUCUUGCGGGAGAUCGACGUGUCCCACCCUGCCGCCAAGUCGAUGAUUGAGCUCUCCCGCACUCAGGACGAAGAAGUGGGCGACGGUACCACCACCGUGAUCAUUUUGGCGGGCGAGAUCCUCGCCCAGACGUUCCCUUACAUCGAGAAGAAUAUCCACCCCGUCAUCAUCAUCCAGGCGUUGAAGAAGGCGCUUGCCGACGCCCUCGACGUCAUCGAGCUGGUGCUGAUCCCCGUCGACUUGGACAACGACGCCGCCAUGGUCCAGUUGAUCAAGGCGCUGAUCGGCACCAAAUACGUCAACCAGUGGCUGGAGAAGAUGUGCCAGCUUGCCCUCAAAUCGGUGCGCACGGUGGCGGUGGUCGACGGCGACCACAAGGAGGUGGACACUAAGCGUUACGUCAAGAUCGAAAAGAUCCCCGGCGGCGAAGUCACCGACUCGGAAGUGUUGGAUGGGGUCAUGCUUAAUAAAGACGUCACCCACCCCAAGAUGAAGCGGCAUAUCGAAAACCCGAGAAUCAUCCUCUUGGACUGUCCCUUAGAGUACAAGAAGGGUGAGUCGCAAACCAAUAUUGAAAUCACCAAGGAAGAGGACUGGAACCGGAUUUUACAGAUCGAAGAGGAACAGGUGAAACACAUGUGCGAGCAAUUGCUCGAGUUCAAGCCCGACUUGGUCAUCACCGAAAAGGGGGUGUCCGACUUGGCCCAGCACUACCUCUUGAAGGGCGGCGUCACCGCGUUGCGCCGGGUGAAGAAGCUGGACAACAACCGUAUUGCCCGUGCCACUGGCGCCACCAUUGUCAACCGCAUCGAGGACUUGAAGGAGCUGGAUAUCGGUACCAAGUGCCACGAAUUUAAAGUGGAACUUAUUGGUGAUGAAUACUUCACGUACUUGACUAAGUGCGACAACCCCAAGGCAUGUACCGUGGUGUUGCGCGGGGGGUCUAAGGAUAUCCUCAACGAAAUCGAACGCAAUUUGCACGACGCGAUGGCGGUGUGCCGUAACGUCAUGUUUGAACCGAGAUUGUCCCCCGGUGGUGGGGCUACGGAAAUGGCGGUGUCGGUGAAGCUUGCAGAGAAGGCGAAGACGAUCGAAGGUGUCGAACAGUGGCCGUACCAGGCGGUGGCCGACGCGUUCGAGGUGAUCCCGCGCACGUUGAUCCAAAACUGUGGGGGUAACGCCAUCAGAACCCUCGCCCAAUUGCGGGCGAAACACGCCGCCGGCGAAAACACCUGGGGGAUCGACGGCGACAACGGUAAGGUGGUGGACAUGCGCGAGUACGGCAUUUGGGAACCGGAGGUGAUCAAACAACAGUCGGCAAAGACCGCCAUCGACCUGGCGGCGUUGUUGUUGCGGGUGGACGACAUCGUCAGUGGUGUGCGCAAGCACGAAUAG